AGGCCAUGUCCCGUGUGACUUCCUGUCAAAUGCUGUCUCGUGUUCCCACGAGUACGAUGCGAACAUAGGCAGAUCUUGAAACUCUUCGACUUGAUUACCUCCAUGCAAGACUAAGCACCGAUUGAUCGGAGAUGGAGAAGGGGAGUAGAGACAGCUCACAACAAGCUGCAUCCUCUGCAAGGAAGGAGGCGUCUGAUUCGAAGCGAGGGAGAAAGGAGGUUCUGAAAGACCUUUCCAGCUCAGACGCGGCCUUGCUGUUCAGCAACUCAUGGCUAUCCCACAUCCCCUUGCUGACUGUUGCGAUGUGCGAACCCAACGCACAGCCAAGCCUUGCGUUCGUCACAUCUCAGAUUGCAAAGGGAUGGAACUCAGACUUCUGCUGGGCGUCAUGCUUCGAACCGAACUUCUUGGCUGCCCUCAUGUAUGAGGGAUACCUGCCUACAGCCCAUGGAUCCAUAAAGCCUAAAGAGUACAUCUUGCUCCCGAAGCUGCACCAGCAGAGAUGCAUCAUCAACUUCGAGGACCUUCAUGUCCCCAAGGGGUUGAUGCGCCGGUCUAGAGGAUACAAGCUCUCGACCGACUCGAGGUUUGAUGAAGUGGUUGCCAUGUGCCUUGAACAGCACAGCGAGAGCUGGCUGCAUCCUCCUCUAGUGCAAGGCUUCAAGGGGCUGUUUCGAUGCGGCGGGGUAGGACAGGUCCGCAUACACUCCAUCGAAGUGAGUCACAAUGGCGAGCUCGUUGCGGGGGAGUUGGGCUACUCAGUUGGCAAGUCCUACUGCAGCCUAUCUGGUUUUACGCGUGCAAGCUCUGCUGGGAGCGUCCAGUGUGUUGCUCUCGGCUUGCUGCUUCAUCAGAGAGGAUUUGAGUUUUGGGACCUUGGGAUGGGAAUGAAGUACAAGCAUCAGAUGGGGGCCAAGGAUUGUCCACGAAUGUCAUUCCUUGCUCAGCUGCAUCGAGUUCGUGAUCAGCCAAAGCCGGAUCUGAAGAUCGGUAACGAGCGUGACGCCUCUGAGAGAGGACUCUUUACACCUCUAUUUGCCGCAGAGGAUAAGGCGACCGACGAGCUUCUCAGCAUGGCGUUCCGUGCAGGACAGUAUGUGCGGAUCAAGAACGAGCAUCCGCAGCUAGGUGGCAAGAUAGCAAUCGUGAGCGAUCGAUGCGGAGCCUGGCUGAAGGUUCUGCUGGAGGGCCAAGACAAGCAGAUUGUCAACCUCCCUCCUCACUUGCUGGAAGAUGCUUGCCCCGCAAGCUCGACAGAUUCUGCAGGAGACGGGAGCGAUCUGCCCUCCUCGCUGCGGGGACUUGGAAUGCGAAACCAGCUUAACUCGAUGCGGCUCAAGGGAGGGGGGCAGGCGGGGGAAGCAGCAAGCGCAAGCAAAGGAGAUGAGGGGUCGCAGGAAGAGACUGACAGCCAUCUGACGACUCUCAAGGCUAACCGCCCGCUGCUGUCGGAGGCGAAGGUGCAGCAUCACAGGCUGUGGGAGACGCGGCUCUCGCGGCGGAAGGCUCUCCGACCGCUGCUGAUGGAGAUCCUGGAGCGGCGGGAGAGGGACAGCGGAUUGAGCAAGAGAGGGAAGCGAGUACUGCGAAAGCUCAAGAGGCGCGAGAAGGAAUGAUACGAGGAUGCUCCUGUUUUCUAAACGCUUCCAACUCCG